AUGUCAUCAACAUCGGAUGCAAGUCUAAUUGCCUCGUUGAACAAUGCUUCAAUACAAAUAAAUCGGUAUUUUGGAAUUUUCAUCUUUCUCUUUGGUAUUGUUGGUAAUACUAUUAAUAUAUGUGUUCUGUCACAACGAUCUCUUCGUUCAAAUCCUUGUGCAUGGCUCUUUCUUGCUUCAUCAAUUGCAAACUGUAUUGGUAUUCUUGCUGGUCUUACUUCUCGACCAUUAUCAACUUGGUCUGCUGAUCUCACAAAUACAAAUCAAUUUCUUUGCAAACUUCGUGCGUUUCUCUUAUUUACUGCAAUCACUAUUGGCUCCUGGCUUAUCAUGUUAGCAACAGUGGAUCGAUGGCUUUCAUCGAACAUCAGCGCCAAUCAACGCAAAAGAAGUACAUUAAAGAAUGCUCAACUCGGUACGAUUCUGAUUGUCAUCUUCUCAACUAUUCUUGAAGCACAACAUCUUUAUUGUUACGAAGCCAAUCUUACUAACACGCCAGUGAAAUGUUACACGAAAUCAGUAUGGUGUAGCUUUCUAUCAGAUUUAUAUCUGGCCCUACUUACUAUUCUAAUACCAUUGGUAUUGAUGAUUAUCUUUGGUUUGAUGACCAUCGCAAAUAUUACUAAAUCACGAUCUCGUUUGCAACCGGCAGCUAGAACGAUGGAUGGUUCCACGGGGCACAACACAGCAACAACCAAUUUUGGACAAGUGACGAGUGAACAGAGGAAAACAGAUCGUCGCCUUUUAAUCAUGUUGUUGGCUCAAAUUUCUCUUAUCAUUCUACUUACUAUUCCACUUGCCAUAGAUAAACUCUAUACAACCAUAACCCAAUCUGUACUCAAGUCUCCAUUGAGAAAAACUAUUGAAAGUUUCAUCUUUAACAUUCUUAUUCUUAUUUAUUACAUGUCUUGUGGAAUGCCGUUCUAUAUUUAUACAUUAAGUGGAGGAAGUAUAUUUCGUAAAGCUAUAGUUAAUUUCUUCAAAACAUUGGGUCGAAAAAUGACCUGUCGACGUGACUAA